AUGCCUUUCGGUUUGACUAACGCGCCGGCAGCCUUCAUGAGAUUGAUGAACGACGUGUUCAGGGAGUAUUUGGACGUGUUUGUCAUCAUUUUCAUUGAUGAUAUUCUGGUAUACUCGAGGAGUCAGGAGGAGCAUGCGACUCACUUGAGGUUGGUUCUGGAGAAGCUUCGGGAGCAGAAGCUUUUUGCUAAGUUGAGCAAGUGCAGUUUCUGGCAGCGAGAGAUGGGAUUUCUUGGCCACAUUGUUUCUGCAGAGGGAGUUUCUGUGGAUCCGGCUAAGAUUGAGGCUAUCAGAGAUUGGCCUAGACCUAGUAGUGCCACCGAGAUCAGGAGUUUUCUGGGUUUGGCAGGAUACUACAGGAGGUUCGUCAAGGGGUUUGCUACCAUGGCGCAGCCGAUGACGAAGUUGACCGGGAAGGAUGUCCCUUUUAUUUGGUCAGCUGAGUGUGAGGAGAGCUUUAGUCAGCUCAAGGAGAUGUUGACUACUACACCAGUGUUGGCGUUACCCGAGCCAGGGAAGCCUUACAUGGUGUAUACAGAUGCUUCAGGCAUUGGUCUUGGUUGUGUGCUGAUGCAGGAGGGCAGAGUGAUAGCAUAUGCUUCGAGACAGUGGCAGGGCAGUGAGCGUAACCGUCCUACACAUGACUUAGAGUUGGGAGCAGUGAUCUUCGCGUUGAAGAUUUGGAGGUCUUACUUGCUAGGUGAGACAGUACAGGUCUUCACGGAUCACAAGAGUUUGCAGCAUAUCUUCACUCAGCCGAUGAUGAACGCGAGACAGACGCGCUGGGUUGAGUUCUUGGCGGAUUAUCAGGUGAGCAUUAACUACCAUCCGGGCAAGGCUAACCUAGUGGCGGACGCGUUGAGUAGACGGAGGUAUGAUUCCGCAGUUGAGCGAGAUGUGGAGUCUCUAGUUGGCGAGAUCAGUACCUUGCGUUUGUGUGCCAUUUCGCAGGAGCCUUUGGGUUUAGAGGCAGUGGAUCAGGCGGAUCUACUUAGCAGGAUCAGAGUUGCUCAGCAGAGUGAUCAGAGUUUGCUGGAUGCGACUAGAGUGACUGGUUCUGAGUAUGAGGUCUCUGCGAAUGGGACUAUCUUGGUUCGUGGGCGAGUUUGUGUGCCUAAGGAUGUGGAGUUGAGACAUCAGAUUUUGGGAGAGGCUCAUGCGAGCAAGUUUUCCAUUCAUCCAGGGCGACCAAGAUGUACCAUGACCUCAAGAGAGCAUCAGGUUCCGGGUGGUCUUUUGCAGAGUUUACCCAUUCCAGAGUGGAAGUGGGACAGGAUUACGAUGGAUUUCGUGGUUGGACUACCUGUUUCGAGGACUUUCGAUGCUAUCUGGGUGAUUGUGGAUCGGUUGACUAAGUCUGCACAUUUCUUGGCCAUCAAGAAGACAGAUGGAGCUGCUGUCUUGGCUAGGAAGUUUGUGCGAGAGAUUGUGAGGCUGCAUGGAGUGCCAGCUAGUAUUGUGUCAGACCGUGAUCCCAGAUUCACUUCAGAGUUUUGGAGGGCGUUUCAGGCAGAGAUGGGCACUAAGGUGCAUUUGAGUACAGCUUAUCAUCCGCAGACAGAUGGUCAGUCAGAGAGGACUAUUCAGACUUUGGAGGAUUUGCUGAGGAUGUGUGUGUUGGAUUGGGGUGGCCAUUGGGCAGAUCACCUGAGCUUAGUUGAGUUUGCAUACAACAACAGCUUUCAGGCGAGUAUUGGCAUGGCUCCAUUUGAGGCUUUGUAUGGGAGGCCAUGUAGGACACCCCUAUGCUGGACCCAAGUGGGGGAGCGCAGCAUGUAUGGAGCUACUUAUGUUCAGGAGACGACAGAGAAGGUUCGUGUUGUGAGGCUGAACAUGAAGGAGGCUCAGGAUAGGCAGAAGAGUUAUGCAGAUAGACGCAGACGAGAGCUUGAGUUUCAGGUUGGAGAUAGAGUUUAUCUCAAGAUGGCUAUGUUGAGGGGUCCUAACAGAUCCAUAGCAGAGAACAAGCUGAGUCCGCGUUUUAUGGGUCCGUUUCCAGUAGUGGAGCGAGUUGGGCCAUUGGCUUACAGGCUGGAGUUGCCUGAGAUUAUGAAAGCCUUUCACAAGGUUUUUCAUGUGUCGAUGCUGAGGAAGUGUCUUCACCCUACAGAGGAGUUAGUGGCUAGGAUUCCAGAGGAUCUUCAGCCAGAUUUGACAGUGCCGGCAGUGCCUGUGAGGAUUUUAGAGAGGAGGGAAAAGGUUCUGAGGAACAAGAGGAUUCCCUUACUGAGGAUUUUGUGGGAUUGCAGUGGUUCUACAGAGGAGACUUGGGAGCCAGAGGCAAAGAUGAAGUUGAAGUUCAGGAAGUGGUUCGACAAGCAGGUCGAGGAGUGA